AUGUAUUCAAACAAUUUCAAAUCUCGGUUAAACAACUCUGCAUUUAAGGAUAAGCUUGUCUCUUCUAGAGAUUGCUAAAAUGCCUAACCAAAAUCAUAAUAGAAACAAAUCCUAAAGAAAUUCUACUAAACUUAAAAUCUUAGUAAAUUAAUCAAUCAAGGUUAAAAGAAAUUCUCCAUGAAUACAUAAGCACCCUCAAUGAAUAUUUUUCUUAAUAAUACACCAAGGCAUGCUACUCCAUAACUUAAUAAAAUUAAUUAAGAAGUAUCUCUUAUUAAAUUAACUCUAGUAUUAUUUUGCUAAACAAACAAAAUUAUAAACUACUCUACACUUAUCUGAACAAAUAAGCAAAACGCUUUAAUCAGUGUUUAAUAAAUCAAAUCAUAAUUUUAAUCAAGAAAAUUCCAAAAAAAAUACAUGCAAAACCAACACAGAUAGAAAAUAUAAUGUAAAUUCCUUAGAUUCCACUAAAUUAAUUCAAAAAUUAAAAACAGAAAUUCAAGAAUUCAAAGUAACUACAGAUAAAAUUGACAAUUAAAUAAAUUCUUCUAAACUUUUUAGUUUAGAUGAUUUUGUCUCUUAAGUGACAACACCAAAUCUUUCAAAAUCUAAGUGUUUGAUAUUACCUUUCAAAUAAACUAAGUCAUUAUCUCCUACCAAUAGAGUAUUAUCUUUAAAAAAAAACAGUAUUUCUUGUGCAUAUUUUAGAAAACAUAUAUUAUGUUUCAGCAAUGUUUGAAUCAAUAAGGAAUUAAAAUGAUCUAAUGAGUUCAAUAUUUUAUGAUCAUGCAAUCUAAACUUACAGCAGUAUAGACUUCUGUUUGAGGUAAUCAGAAAAAGAUUUACGUCAAAUAUAAGAAAAAAUGAUAAAAUGGCCUAAACAAAAUAUAAAAUGUAAAAUCAUCUUAGAUUAAAGUUAAUAAAACAAUAGUGUUUGAUUUAGAUGAGACAUUAAUACACUGUAAUGAGGAUAACACAAUAAAAUCAGAAAUUUUAUUACCAAUAACUUUUCCUUCGGGAGAAAUUGUACAAGCAGGAAUAAAUGUACGUCCAUGGGCAAAAGAAAUUAUAAUAAAAUUAUCAGAAGUUUGUGAAGUUGUAAUAUUUACAGCAUCACAUAAAUGUUAUGCAUCUUAGGUUAUUGAGUUUUUAGAUAAAAAUAAAGUAGUAUCUGCAACAUUAUUCAGAGAUUAGUGCAUAGUCACAAGCGAAGGAGUAUAUAUUAAAGAUCUCAGGAUAUUAGGAAGGGAUAUGAAAGAUGUAGUUUUGAUAGAUAAUGCUGCCUACAGUUUUGGUGUCCACAUUGAAAAUGGAAUACCUAUUAUACCUUACUACGAUAAUAAAGCUGAUAAAGAAUUAAGAUAAUUGUAUGAUUUUCUGAUCACUAAUGUUCUUCCUUCAUUUGAUUGUAGAAAAGUCUUACAAAAAACGUUUAGAUUAAGGGAAUUUGUAAAUUUCAUUAGUCCAAAAAUCGCUAUUGAAAAACUAUAUCGUUGA